UGAAAAGUAAACCAAGACAAAAACGGAACGCAGCGCUGGAAAAUCUCGUCUUUUUGGUGAAAACGGAAACAAAGUAUGAACCUUCACAACGAUGAAUCUCUGAAGCAGGAAGUAAUCUACCUUCACUCACUCUGGCACCAAGGUCCUCCUACUCGGAACCCGAUCCCUAGCCCUAGAUACAACCCGUUUCACGACCCGGUUCAAAGAUCCAGGCCGAAUUACAUCCCGCCGGCGGAUUUGCAGCUUCUCUCUCGCUAUGGAGCCGUUGGUCCCCAGAUCAUAUCUAGAAACCCUAUUCAUCCUCAAUUUCUCCACAAUAAUAAGCGUCCAAGGCCCGAUUCGGAUCGGGAAUGGCCCGUUAAGGAACUGCUCGGUUCUUCUCCUCAUUCCGGUUCUAGAUGGCCUGAUUUCAAGCCGUGUAAAAAGGCGCGACCUGUUUCAGAGGAGGAGAAGGCGAAAUUCGCUGUAAAUCAGCUUCAGAGAGAUAUCCAUCGCACCUGUCGCGAGUUCUUCGGCAGAACAUCCGGCGAAGAAGGCGGAGAUGGAUCGGAUACUGAUGAUGGAGACGAGGAUCAGUCUUCGGAGAAAGAAGGGUCUUCUUCCAAGGAGUUUCAGUUUCUUUCGAGAUUGUUCGAAGAGAACGGGAAGCUGAAGGAAUACUAUGAGAAGAACACGGGGAAUGGAGAAUUCUGGUGUCUGGUUUGUGGCGGAACUGGAGAGAAAAGUUGUCGGAAAUUCAAGAGCUGUUUGGCUUUAAUUCAGCAUUCACUUGCUAUUCACAAGACGGAUUUGAAAAACCAGCAUAGGGCUCUCGCACAGGUUAUCUGCAAUGUUCUUGGCUGGGACGUUGACAAUCCAGUUGCUUCGAGCCAAAAGGACGCUCAGAUAUUGGGGGUAGAGGCGGUUGCGGAAGGUGCAACUGAGCCGCCUUCAGACCAAAAGAAGCCUCAGGAGAAACAACAUGUAAUGUCGGUUGAUGAACAAGCAAAGACUGCAGUGUUACAAAUGCAACAGAAUGCAUCAGAUGCUUUGAAAGGCAUUUUUGCCAAGGAUACUACUGCUGGUUCAGUUGAUGAAUUUGCGGAGAAGGGUGUUGAAAAUUUAUCUGAGGAGUUGGAAUUAAUAUCUCGACUCUUCUCGGAGAACGUUGAGCUCAAAAGUUACUACGAGAAAAACUGUGAAGGUGGACUCUUUGUCUGUCUUGUGUGUUGUGCUGCGACUGAUAAGAAGAUGAUAAAGAGGUUCAAACACUGUUAUGGACUUGUUCUGCAUUCCACUAAAAACCCGAAAAUGAAUAAACGAGCUCACAAGGCUUUUGCUCGGUUUGUCUGUGAACUACUUGGCUGGGAGUUUGAUCGUCUUCCACGUAGAGCAGUGAAAGGUGGUGCUCCUCUUGUCGAAUGUAAUGCUAACCAGGAAAAUGAGAAGAAGCCAUCAUCGAUGAUCGAGGAGCAUAUGUGCGAAGACAAAUCUGAUAAUCCACAGGACAACAAUGAGGCAUGCGUUGGUUAGUAAGUGGAUGCUAGCAUAACCUGUAACAAAGUUAUGUAAAUGGAGGCACCGAAUCUUCAGGUAAGAUUACUAUCCUAGUUUUCGACUUCUCAUCAGUCUUCUUAUGAUUUGCCAGAACCUGGUGCAGAGUCAUCAAAGACAAUGUGUAAUACCCUACUUUUGAUUCUGAAUUUUCAUAAAAAUUAAGAAUACUCCUCUUUCUCACUGAGAAAUUUUGGAGUAUUCUAACCAAUAUUUCAAGAUUAAAAUUUGAGAGAUGUUGAGGAGAAAAUGUUGUAAGACAUUGAUUUAAAUCAACUAUCUUAUUAUAUAAAGGCUAAUAUAUACGGCAGUUCUGAAAA